UCUCGCGUGGUCCCUCCUCAGAUGGAGCCCACCCUUGAGUGAUGCCGACUGCGGUGUGUAUAAUAGCAGCGAGGGAAGCUCUGGAAGUCUAGGAGGAGCUGCGGCAAGGUCGAAAACAGCGUAGCAUCCUGCCCUCAAACUCAGGAGCAGAGCUGGAUAAGAUUCAAUCCAGUGAUUAGCGAGCGAAAGUGAGCGGCGGAAUUUUGGAUUUACAUCUGCGGAAGAGGAAGACGGAGGAGGAGAAGGAGAGUGACUUAAAGUUUCCAGCCUAGAGCCCCAUGUUUCGCAGCAGCUAACGAGCUAUCCUCUGCUGCCGCUCUCUGCACGUCUGUCUUGUCUGGACCAGACACAGCUGCUUGUUCUUGCUGGUAAAUUGGAAGCUAGUUGUGCGUUUGUCGCAGGGCACCUCCCGGGCUUUCAUAAGUGGUACGCUUACGAGUCAUACUGUGACUUUUCCGCUCGCGGUUUUACGUUUAUUUGUGUUUUCAGUGCCAUGUCAGCGCCAUUCCCCACUCCUUCCGCCCCGACUGAGAGCGUCGCGGCGGAAACUGAUUUUUUAGCCCCGGAUUCGGGGCUGAGGCCGCCCGGUCCGACGCCCAGUCAGAGCCGAUUCCAAGUGGACCUUGUGGCUGAGGCAGCGGGCACAACAGAAGAUAAGUCCCCCAGUUCCGACACCUCCACCACUGUAGCAUCCAGUGAUAAAGCAACCCCCACCGCUCCCGCAGAAGGUCCGGGUGCUGAUCCAGUGGUCGGCGGAGAGGAAGCCAAAGGCCGGUUUCGGGUGGUGAACUUCGCGGAUCCCAGUGGCUCGGGGAGCUCGGCCUCUCCUGAGGCUGCGCCGGCUGAGGGUCUGCAAAACGGUGACACGGUGAUGAGCGAAACCAGCUUGCAUUCAUCCACGGGGGGCCAGCAUCACUAUCACUAUGACACCCACACCAACACCUAUUACCUGAGGACUUUUGGCCACAACACAAUCGAUGCCGUGCCGAACAUCGAUUUCUACCGGCAGACAGCUGCCCCGCUGGGAGAGAAGCUGAUCAGACCCACCCUGUCGGAGCUGCACGACGAGCUGGACAAGGAGCCAUUUGAGGAUGGGUUUGCCAAUGGCGAUGAGCUGACACCGGCUGAGGAGGCUGCUGCUAAAGAGUCAGCCGAGUCUAAAGGAGUUGUCAAGUUUGGCUGGAUUAAAGGAGUUCUGGUCCGCUGUAUGUUGAACAUCUGGGGAGUGAUGCUCUUCAUCCGCAUGUCAUGGAUCGUUGGACAGUCUGGCAUUGCUCUCUCCUGUUUGAUCGUUGCCAUGGCUACCGUGGUGACAACCAUUACUGGACUCUCUACUUCUGCCAUCGCCACCAAUGGAUUUGUACGAGGAGGUGGAGCAUAUUACUUGAUAUCAAGGAGUCUCGGCCCAGAGUUUGGGGGCUCUAUUGGUCUGAUCUUUGCCUUUGCCAAUGCAGUGGCUGUAGCAAUGUAUGUAGUGGGCUUUGCUGAAACUGUUGUGGAACUUCUUGCGUCAGCAGAUGCGAUUAUGACCGAUAAUAUGAAUGAUAUCCGAAUCAUCGGCACCAUCACAGUCAUCAUUCUCCUGGGAAUCUCUGUGGCAGGAAUGGAAUGGGAGGCCAAGGCCCAGAUCUUCUUGCUUGUCGUCCUCAUCACAGCCAUCAUCAACUACUUCAUUGGGACCUUCAUUUCUGUCAAGUCCAAGGAACCUAAGGGCUUCUUUGGCUAUGAUGGUUCAAUCAUGUGGGAAAACAUGGGUCCGGACUUCCGUGGAGAAACAUUCUUCUCCGUCUUUGCCAUCUUCUUCCCUGCAGCCACUGGUAUUCUAGCUGGAGCCAACAUUUCAGGAGACCUUGCUGAUCCACAGAUGGCCAUUCCCAAAGGAACCCUCCUGGCCAUACUUAUCACAGCAAUAGUCUACCUGGGUGUUGCUAUUUCAACAGGUUCCUGCAUUGUGAGAGAUGCCAGUGGAAAUAUAAGUGACACAGUCUCUUCUCAGUUCAUGGCAAACUGCAGUACUGCUGCAUGCAAAUUUGGCUAUGACUUCUCCUCCUGUAUCAGUACAAACAGCUGCAGCUAUGGGCUCCAUCAUGACUUCCAGGUGAUGAGCGUGGUUUCUGGUUUUGGGCCCAUCAUCACUGCUGGAAUCUUCUCUGCUACUCUGUCUUCAGCUCUGGCCUCUUUAGUCAGUGCACCCAAAGUUUUUCAGGCUUUAUGUAAAGAUAACAUCUACCCUGGCCUGGCCAUGUUUGCCAAAGGCUACGGCAAGAACAAUGAACCCCUCCGAGGCUACAUCCUGACCUUCGGUAUCGCUUUGGCCUUCAUCCUCAUUGCUGAGUUGAACGUAAUCGCCCCCAUCAUCUCCAACUUUUUCUUGGCAUCCUAUGCCUUGAUCAACUUUUCUGUGUUCCACGCAUCACUGGCUAAUUCACCAGGGUGGCGUCCCAGCUUCAAAUACUACAACAUGUGGGUUUCUCUGGCUGGAGCUGUACUGUGCUGUGUUGUGAUGUUUGUUAUCAACUGGUGGGCUGCUCUCCUGACCAAUGUCAUUGUUCUGGGUCUCUUUAUCUAUGUCAGCUACAAGAAGCCAGAUGUUAACUGGGGCUCAUCGACCCAGGCUCUGACCUACCACCAGGCCCUGACCCACACUCUGCACCUCAGUGGAGUGGAGGACCACAUCAAAAACUUCAGACCCCAGUGUUUGGUGAUGACUGGUUACCCCAACUCUCGUCCAGCUCUUCUUGACCUGGUCCACAGCUUUACUAAGAAUGUAGGCCUGAUGAUCUGCGGACAUGUUCGCACGGGCUACAGAAGGCCGAACCUUAAAGACCUGGCCACAGACCAGGCCCGAUACCAGCGCUGGCUGCUGAAGAAGGAGUGCAAGGCCUUCUACACGCCGGUGUUCGCCGACGACAUGAGGCAGGGCACGCAGUACCUUCUCCAGGCUGUUGGCUUGGGUCGUCUCAAGCCAAACACACUGGUGCUGGGCUUCAAGAACGACUGGAGGGACGGUGACAUGAUGAAUGUGGAGACUUACAUCAGUAUGAUCCACGAUGCCUUUGACUUCCAGUUUGGUGCCGUCAUUCUGCGACUGAAAGAGGGCCUGGAUGUGUCUCAUAUCCAAGGACAAGAUGACUUGCUGUCCUCCCAGGAGAAAUCAUCAGGAAUGAAAGAUGUGAUUGUGUCCAUAGACACCAGCAAAGACUCUGACGCUGAUUCAUCCAAGCCAUCCUCCAAGGCCACCAGCCUCCAGAACAGUCCGGCUAUACAGAAAGAUGACGAUGAUGAUGGCAAAGCUACAACUCAGCCCCUGUUGAAAAAAGAUAAGAAGAGUCCGACUGUCCCACUGAAUGUGUCUGACCAGAGGUUGAUGGAGGCCAGCCAGCAGUUCCAGAAGAAACAAGGGAAGGGCACAGUGGACGUCUGGUGGCUGUUUGAUGAUGGAGGUCUGACCCUGUUGAUCCCCUACCUGCUGACCAAUAAGAAGAGGUGGAAAGACUGCAAGAUCCGUGUCUUCAUUGGAGGAAAGAUCAACAGGAUUGAUCACGACAGACGAGCGAUGGCCACUCUGCUGAGCAAGUUCAGGAUAGACUUCUCAGACAUCACUGUGCUGGGAGACAUAAACACCAAGCCCAAGAAGGAACACGUGUCAGCAUUUGAGGAGAUGAUUGAGCCGUAUCGCCUGAAGGAAGAUGACAUGGAGCAGGAUGCAGCUGAAAGGCUGAAAAACAGCGAACCCUGGAGGAUCACUGACAACGAACUGGAGUUGUAUCGCGCCAAGACUAAUCGCCAGAUCAGACUCAACGAACUGCUGAAGGAGCACUCAAGCACAGCCAACCUCAUCGUCAUGAGUCUGCCAUUGGCCAGGAAGGGGGCAGUGUCCAGCGCUCUGUACAUGGCCUGGCUGGAGGCCCUGUCUAAGGACCUGCCACCCAUCCUCCUGGUGCGCGGCAACCACCAGAGUGUCCUCACUUUCUACUCUUAAAUACACAAGAAAAUCAAAGUGUUUAAGUGUCACAUCCACUUCUGCUUCUGGGAGAAGACCCACAUACACAUCCCAGUUCCAGUCCAAACCCAGAGGUGCACCACAUACACUCCAGAGACGGUAGAAAACACAGCCACUGAUGGAAACAAUGAUGGUAAUCUGAAUAAAGUUGAAGGGGGUGGUAUUGGGUGAGAUGUGUAAAAGUGAUGGAGGAAUGUAAGGGUUGGGGUGGAGGGUGGUUGUAAGGUUGACCACGCUGCUCCCUCUUUCUAUUUAUUCCCAGAUGUCUGAAUUUUUCUCUUGUAGCUCUAGUUUCUUUUCAUUUCAUCAUGAUUUUUUUUUUUUUUUUUUUGUCAAAGUUGAUUUCUCUCAGGCUCCAAAGCAGUUGUGCACCAUGUCCACAAUGUUCUCAUGACAUGGAAUAUCUUUGAUGUCAUACUUGUUAACUGGACCAGUUAUUGUGUUUGUGAUGCAGCAAUAAUCACCUGUUGUUUUCCUUAAAUAUUGGGAGAGAACCAUGCAGAAAGCUUUGCAACACCGUCUAAAGCCUUAUGGAUGUGCCUUCCAGUUCAAUCAGAUUAAAUAAUUAUAAUCUCUAUCUAGAAUAACAAUAUUACCUGUAAUAUUAGUAUAUAUUGAUUAUAAUAGUUUCAUUGGGUUUUAAAUGUGAUUUUUUUUUUUCCUAGUUGAAGCAUUGUAUUUAUGCAAGUGGAUUGCAUGAACUUGUGAAGGGCAUCCACUUGAUUGCAUAAAAACUUUGCCUUUUUCUCUCUCCUUGACCCUAAUCAGUGUGUUUAUUUUCUGUCAUUUCUUUAUUCACUUUUGAGUCUUCCGUUUUAAAGCUGUGGAAUAUUCACUCAGCUACUUGACACGAGACACAAGUUAUUUUUUUAGGCAUUUUGCCUAAAAAAUGAUUACAUGGGUCUUAAAUUUAAGAUCUUGCUGUUUGUCAGAAAAGAUGUGAACGUAAGUUUUCCAUCAGCCUUGUCAGGUGGAAAGACUGUCUCUCCCAUGUAGCUGCUGAUUGACUAAAUUAUUUCUUUAAACUGUUUUCCUGUCCAUGUGUUACGGUUCUUUGCCUGAAAAGAAACAGCUCAACCCAACAAGCUAGUUAAAACCUUGCCUUAAUGCUAGAAUUAUCAAUUGUCAUGAGUUCCUUUUCUCUUAUAAGCCAUACUGGCUGGACGGUUUGUGGGUAAAUGUAGAUAGGUAUCCAUUAGUUACAUGUUAGGAGGAGCAUUUCAGCACAACUGUCUUUUGUACUGUAUAUGCGUCUCGGCUUUCUUCCCAUAGCCCACCUGCAUUAGUCUGUGACAGUGCUUACUGUAGGCCUACGUGUUACUGCUGAAGUGAUCAGUGUACAGAUUGCAACUCUGCCAGUGUGAUAACCACGUCAGUCACGAGUUAGGCCACCUAUCUAGUUGCUUCUGUGUCUGAGUGUAUGAUGGACUACUGGUCUCCUAUUCCCUGAAAGCCUAAACGGGCGCAGAGAGUGAGCAACACGCAAGCUUAAAACUGAAAGGCAUUUGCUGGCAGGAAGAAUGUGACGUUGGAAUGUGGAAAGGCUGAGUGAAGAUAAACCUCUAUGCAUAUGACCUGUAGCAUAUGUUCUUGUAAUAAAAGUCCAUCGUUCCUUCAUAUGAAAGGAUCUACUUGCCUCAGUUCAUCUAAAGAGUGCUUAAGCCAUGUUCCUUUCCUUUACAUUAAUUCUUUCCUACAAGAAAACUGGCAUGUAGGCUUAUGAGGGUACCAUGGCUCCAAGAAAAGCCAUAUAUAGACCAUGUCAGAGUUUUAAAAACUGAUUCUAAACAGGUCAGCUGUGUUCCCCUAACAAGAUUAUAGAGAAUGUUGACUUUGCCAUAUUAUAUUUACUUAACUACACAGCUCUGACCCAACUGUUCUUGUUGGAGUGAAGUUACAUUUUCUCUAAAGGAGUGUUGAGACUGAAUGCAAAUUAAAAUGUGUAAGUGCUGCUAUAUCUAAUAAAAGAAAAAAAAUCACACUGGACGGCAAAAAUUUGAGUGAGUUGCGAUCCUUAACAUGCUCCCCAAAAUAAAUACAUAAAUUUACAAAAAAAAAAA